ACUAAAAUAUUAAUUUCUCAUCAGCUCCUACCCUCCUAUUAUAAAAAUCUAAUUAUAAUAACAUUUCUCUCCUGCUUGCCUUGCUAUAGACAUUCUUAAAGGUACUAAAGUUUCCUACUCAGAGUAAUAAAUUUGCUGCCUUCAAUCAAUUUUAGAUCUUUUUUUUUUCUCCUUCAGAAUGUGAAACGAAGAGGAAAAUGGAUCCCCUUAUUGGUCUUUUUAGCUAAUUUCAAGCUAAAAUUGAGGAGAAAAAAAAAUAUUUCAUUCAAGAGUUUGCUGAUUUUAGAUCUGAUUUACUCUAAAAGAAAUGACAUCUUUUGGUAGUUUAGGUAUUGGUUUGAGUUUCCUAUUUGGUUGCAUGGUGAUGGGAUUUGUUGCAGAGUUAUACUAUCUGUUGUGGGUGAAAAAAAGAAUCUCAAAAAGAGCAACAGAGGAUCAAAUCCAAUACACAACCUAUGCUAGUGAACUCUGUUCCCUUUUUAGUUGGAAAAAAACUAGUAGUAAUUCUUUAAGCAAAAUUUGUACUCAAGAAGUUACAAGAAUUCAAGAAAUUAAUGAUCAAGAUCAAGAUUUGGAGCUAGGGACCAGCAACAAUGAUGAUGUGUUAUUGGAAGGAUACAGAGAAGAUAUUGCUGAGUCUGAGUUGAUGAGGCUGCAUAACCUUAGAUUCCUGUCCACUAUUAAAGAGGAAACUAAGGAGGAUUUGGAAUCUGAUGAUGGUAAGAGUAGAAAGGGUUCGAGAACAAGCAGAAGCUUUAGUGACCUUACCCUUAUUCUCACUCCUCUAUCUUCACCACCCGUUAAAUCUCAGCCAUCAGAUUUCAGUUUUAACCCUCUCUUUGAAUCUGAAAUCAAUGGUCAUAAAUCUUCUUCACCCCCACCAAAAUUCAAGUUCUUGAGAGAUGCUGAGGAGAAACUUAUAAGGAGAUUAAUUGAAGAAACUGAAAGUAGAAAGGUCCUUAGUGAUGGUCAGAAAUCUUCAUCAAAUUCAACAGUAUUCAAUGAAGAAGGUUCUUUUGUUUCUUUUCAGAAAUUACCAGUGCAUCAUUCUGCUUCUGUACAUAUACUUCCUUUAGCUUCUUCACCUAAUUCAGCAUAAAUGUUUAGAUUUUUGUUUCACCUCUUUCAUCUAUAGCCAAAAGUAUAGCAAAAGACCACCUUUGUUUUAACUUUAGUUCAGAUUGAAAUUAGAAGUUUGCUUGUAAUUUUGUUUUAAA